AUCUGUUUUUCAACAUUCAAUUAUUGGUUGAUUUCUCCUCACAGAAUAAUUCAUCAUUCAUUUCUUGAUGGAAAGAAACACACAUAUUUAGGAGACUGAUAUUUACCAGUGUGUGCAAUUUGGUGCAGAUCCACAUUAAAAUGAAAUAAAAAAGGAUCUAGUGAAUUUAAAUGUGGUUUCAUAUGGGGACUGUAUGUCGGUAUGCACCUAAUACAUCUGGAGUGUGAACUUGUAGUGGAAAAAAUGUAAUCCCUUGAAUGAAAUGUGAGCAGAAAAAAAAUCUGUAUGUGUUUGUGGGACCGAAAUGUGAACUCUGUUAUCGGGCUAAGAUCAGAGUACAAGGUAAUUAUUGACUGAAGAGCCUUCUUUACAGCAAUGUUUACAGUGUGUGUGUCUGUGUGUGUGUCUUCACAAGUGUCAUUCCUCUCCUUAAACAUUCUUUUUGAUUUGAUGAUAUAACCGAGGGAUGCCUGCGUUUUUUGUUUUGAAUUACAGGUGAAAAUAAUUCACCUGAAACCCACCCAGAAGUGUAGUAAUAAGAGCUUGUGUGUGUGUGAUGUAAGUCAGCCGCUGUAUGUGUGGACAUGAUGUGGUCGGGAGGGGCUGAGGGAGCGAUAAGGAAGUGUGACCAGGUUGUCAGAUGGAUACUGCAGCACCUUUAGAGCCUCACUUGUCCCUCUCUCCUGGCUGUGAUCAUUCCUCUCCCUUCCUUCAACACCAUUAUGGAUCUUCUGUCAAUCACAGGAGGGGUUUUGAACAGAGCAGCUGCUCUGACUGACACCAGUUAUCUCCUUCAAGUGGAACUCUGAAACAAGGUGGACUCCCUCAGCAUGCUGAACCAUCCUCCUCCUCACACACUUCAGUGGCUCUCGCUGUGCACCCUGCUGUCGGUGUGUUGCUGGAACAAGGCCGCCUGUUCUCCUGGGGAGGGCAGGGAGAUUUGGCAGCAGCCCAAGCCAGACCCCAUCAAAGCCCAGUCUUUCCUUCAUGACACCUUCCCCUCAGGAUUCCUCUGGGGCUCAGGGACGUCUGCCUUCCAGACAGAAGGAGCCUGGGACCAGGAGGGGAAGGGAGCCUCCAUUUGGGACCAUUUCACCCACUCAUCUGUCAGUGGUGAUUUGGCAACCGAGGCUCCCAAUGUGGCCAGUGAUGGCUACACUCACUGGGAAGAAGAUGUCAAGGCUCUGGAGUUGCUGGGUGUGAGAUCAUACUCCUUCUCUCUCUCAUGGCCCAGGUUGUUUCCUGAUGGGAACGCCAGGAGCCAGCCCAACAGGGCCGCUGUGGAGCAUUACAGCCGCCUCAUAGAGAGGCUUCUGGAGAAGAAAAUCGAGCCCAUCGUCACUCUGCAUCACUGGGACCUGCCACAGGCCCUGCAGGAGCGAUAUGGAGGCUGGAAGAAUGACACACUGGUGGGACUGUUCGAGGAGUAUGCUGCCUUUUGUUUCCACACAUUUGGGAGUCGUGUAAGAUACUGGCUCACGAUGCAUAACCCCUACCUGGUGGCUGUGCAGGGGUACGGGACAGGUGUGCACGCCCCUGGAGAGACAGGGGGUCCCUCUGCUUCUCUUAUCGUGGCCCACAACCUGAUCAGGGCACAUGCCAAAGCAUGGCACACCUACAACACCCACUUUCGCCCAACUCAGAGGGGUAAAGUAUCCAUUGUUCUGGGAUCCCACUGGAUCGAACCUCAGAGCGGCCAGGCCACAGCUGCCAACGUUGAGCUGUGCCAGGAGUCAAUAGAGGCUGUGCUCGGCUGGUUUUCCAACCCCAUCUUUGGAGACGGGGACUAUCCGGUGUCUUUCAGAUCCAAGCAUGGGGCCCUCCUGCCCACGUUCACCCCUGAGGAGAAGCUCUGGGUGCAGAAAACAGCCGACUUUUUCGCUCUCUCCUUCGGGCCUUACAACCUCCGUCUGGGUCGGACCCUGAUCCAGUAUGGGCAGACUGUGACCCCAGACCUGAGGCGCAUGUUGAGCUGGAUAAAGCUGGAGUAUGGGGACCUGAGUGUGCUGGUGGCUGAGGGAGGCUGGUUCUCUGAAGCAGGGGUGGGAAGGGAGGACACAGUGUCCAUUUAUCUGAUGAAGAGUUUUAUCAACCAGGUCCUGCAAGCGAUUAAGUUCGAUGGUGUGCAGGUGUUUGGCUACGUCGCCUGGUCUUUGGUGGAUGGAUUUGAGUGGAAUUAUGGCUACACUGUCAGAAGAGGCCUUUUCUACAUUGACUUCAGCCAAUCAAACCCAACCAGGACCCCCAAGACGUCUGCUCUGUACUACAAACGUGUUGUCGCUGACAACGGCUUCCUCAAAGGUGAAACCUCCAGUGAGGUCAAGGGUCGUUUCCCGUGUGACUUUCACUGGGGUAUUGCUGACUCCACUUUACAGGUCCACUUCAACCCUUUCUCACCACAGUUUACUGACCCACAUCUGUACAGCUGGAACCUGACGGGAGACGGAUCAUUGCGUCCCGUCCCAGGGGUGAAGCUCCGCAUUAGACCAGCCCAGUGCACUGACUAUUUGGCGAUUCGUGGUCACCUUCGCUUGUUCGCAUCCACUGGGGCAUCUCACUACCGCUUCGCCCUAAACUGGUCUCUGAUUUUACCCCAUGGUGACCUCUCUCAGGUGAACUCCGAGGCUUUGAGGUACUACCGCUGUGUCCUGACCGAGCUCAAGAAGCUAAACCUGGAGGCAGUCGUGAUCCUCUACUACCCCACACACAGAGCUCCAAAUCUGGGUUUGCCAGUUCAAAUCCAUGCCUCUGGGGGUUGGCUCAACCACAGCACAGUAGAAGCUUUUCAGGAAUAUGCAGCUCUGUGCUACGAGCAGCUGGGGCCCUGGGUUGGAUACUGGAUCACCAUCAAUGAGCCGAACAGACUCGUAGAUGUUUAUUCUGAUGGGAAAGAAAAGCAUCAAGCAGCUCACAAUCUUCUUCUGGCUCAUGCGAAAGCGUGGAGGUCAUAUGAGAAGGGACAAUACAGAGAGCAGAGAGGAAUGGUAUCACUCGCACUACAUGCGGACUGGGCUGAGCCGGCCAACCCCUUCCUGGACUCGCAUACGGCAGCAGCACAGAGAUUCCUCUUGUUUGAACUCGGUCGCUUUUUAGACCCGUUACUGGGAACAAGAUAUGAGGAGAAGCAUAGCGAGGGGGGGUACCCACAAGAAAUGAAGGCUUACCUGGAGGCGAGAGCUCGAGUGAUGGGCCUCCCUGAAUCUCCUCUACCUAGUUUUACUGACACGGAGAAGGAGGAGCUGAGAGGGGCUUUGAAUUUUAUAGCACUGAACCAUUUUACCACCCGGUUGGUGUCUCCUUAUCCUCACACACAGGCUGGUUCUCAGCAGAAGAAACAACCCCCUGAUCACGACUGUCUGACCCUCUCUGAUCCCACCUGGCCUUCAUCCAGCCUGGGGCAGGCUAUCGUACCCUGGGGCCUGAGGAGUAUCCUGAACUGGGUGAGCCACAGAUAUGGAGACGCUCUACCCAUCAUUGUGACAGCCAGCGGGGUCGAUGAUCAGGCUCCCGGAGAGGACAAACUCAGGCAACACUACCUCAGGAGUUACCUGCAAGAGUCUCUGAAAGCUCGACAGUUAGAUGGGGUCAACCUGCAGGGCUUCUACAUGUGGAAACUGCAAGAUCGACACGUCCCCCAGUUCGGCCUUUUCACUUCGACCCAUCACCAGUCCAAAGCCAAGGCCUCUGUCGCCGUCUACAGAGAAAUCAUCACUCACAGCGGUUUCCCAGAGGACGACACUGCUCUGACCUGCAGGUUCAGCGAGCUGCACGAACGCUGCUCUGUGUGUGCAUGGAUGCUCAAGAACAAAACCAUGUUGUUUUUCGGAGGCUGCCUCCUGAUAACAGCUGUGAUGUUGGCAGCGCUCGUCAUCUCUGUCAUCGUCGCCAAGAGAAACCAAGCGAGGGGUGGAGGGAGGAGGACGGACAGGAUGCACAGGAGGAGGAGAAGGGAAGGAGUUCCUGUAUUCUUAUGUCCGCCUGUCGUUAAGUGCAAACGGUAGAAAAGGUCGACUCUGUACAAACUGUGUGCAACUCACUGGAUCUGUUAUUGUGCCUGCUCCAUUAAUACUUGGGUGAUCAGUUUACCCACAAUCACAAUCAUUUAUUUUGCUGUAAUAACAAGUUAUUUAAUGGAGGGCAAUGACUUAGGGGGAUUUUAAAAGCUAAUAUAUCUGUAUAUUAAAAGACCCUGGGAUGGUAACAUUCAUAUGUUAAACUUAUUCAAAACUUGAUUAUGUGAGCUCUGUAGUUCACAGUAAAGAAAUUAACUUUUCAUAAAUAUUGACCCUAUUUUUGACCUUCACUGGGUGGAGAAAAUAUGCCAAUGUCAAUGAUUCUAAUAUUGUAAAAAAGUUAGUCAGAGAAGACUGUAUUGUAUAUAUCAGACUAAAUGUGACUUUAAUAUUGUAUUUUACAUCAUAUAAUAUAAGUUUAGCUCAGAUUGUAUUAAUUUUGUAAGAAAGACGACAUGGUGUCCACUUCAUUCAAACAGGAGGAGUGAUGUGGGCCCCAGUAAACACAGUAAACAGUGUCUAUUUCCAUGGU